AUGGACGACGAGAAAGUGCAAGAACAAGAGCAUUUCUCCAAUGAUCCCAUAGUUGUCGAUGCCAAUGAGGAAAUUGACGAGAACGAUCUAUCAGAGAGCUCCGAAGAAGUGGGUUUCAGUGAGGGCCCAGAUAGAGUUCCCGAUCCAAACACCGUGAACGCCCUCACCCCCAAGGUGGGGAUGACCUUCAAGACUGUCGAUGAGGCCUACCAGUUCUACAGCUACUAUGCUUACCGAAUUGGCUUUGGCAUAGCAAAAACCUGCUCGAGGAGGAAGGAUGGCGUCCAGCACGAGUACACCUUCUCCUGUGAGAAGUGUGGGAAGCCGAAAGACAAGAAGGGGCUCACCCCCAAGAGGACGAGGAUCUCGAAGAAGACAGGCUGCCAGGCCAAGUUCAGAGUGAGGCUCAACGAGGAUGGGCUGUGGCAUCUGGCCUUCCUCGUCCUCCACCACAAUCACUACUGCUCUCCAAAUGAGUCACACCGCUACAGAUCUCACAAGAUGACCCCUUUCCAUGCCAUGCCCUAUGAUGGCCAGAGGUUAUCAGAGGGCUAUACCCCGGCAGAGGCUGCUGCUUUGAGUGUUGCUCAGCUGGAUUCAUUAACCGGGGACGGACAUGCUGUGGAUUUAGCUGAUGGAGCAUGCCGAUUCAGGCUCAGGGAAGGAGACGCUCAAGCCAUUGCUGAAUAUCUUGCCCGGAUGCAGAAGGAGAGCCCACUCUUCUUUCAUCUGAUGGAUUUGGAUGGGGAGGGCCGAUUACAGAACAUCUUCUGGGCUGACACGAGGUCGAGGAUGUCUUACCCAUACUUCAACGAUGUCAUCCUCUUAGACACUUCCUGCCUCUCCAGUAAGAAUGGCAGCAUUCCUUUUGCAUCGUUCACCGGAGUCAACCAUCAUGGGUCUGCUGUGUUCUUCGGGGGAGCAUUGCUCUGCAACGACAGUCCCGAGACCUAUGCAUGGCUGUUCCAGGCGUGGCUGGCUUCAAUGGGUGGUCUCCCUCCAAGGGCGAUCAUAACCGACAAGUCUAAGUCAAUUGAUUCGGCUGUUCUUGGGAUAUUUCCCAACACCCUCCACCGUCUAUGCAUCGGGCAGAUCAUGAAGAGGAUCCCGGAGGCAUUGGCAGGAAGAUCCAACCAGAAGGCUGCCAAGGAGAGGCUCCACAACAUAGUUUUUGAUUCACUGAAGCCCGAUGAAUUUGAAGAAAACUGGGCGGCUAUGAUCAAUGAGUUCAAGCUCGGAGACAGUGAGUGGCUUCUCUCCCUCUACAAAGAACGGAGACGAUGGGUGCCCACCUUUGUGAAGGACACAUUUUGGGCCGGCAUGUCAGGCAUCCAGAGAUCAGACAUCAGGGCUCCCUACUUUGACAGGUUUGUGACAUCCAAGAGCAGCCUCAAGCAGUUUCUUCCAGCAUUUGAGGCUGCCCUCCUAGCCAGUUACAACAAGGAGUUCCAGGAGGAGCAUGGCGGCGAAUUCCAGGCCCCCCCGCCGCCGCUCAUAUCCCGGCUGAGCAUGGAGGAGGACUUCUCCAAGGCUUACACCCUGAACAUGUUCCAGAGGUUCCAGCAGGAGCUGCAAAAGUGCGUUGACUGCACCUGCAUCCUAAUAAGGAAAGACGGCGCCAUCUCCACGUACCAGGUCAAGGAGAGGGUGAAGCAGAGGACCUACUCCUAUGAGGUCCUCUUCAACGAAGACCAAGUGGAGGUGCAGUGCCUCUGCAGGGGCUUCGAGUUUGGCGGCAUCCUCUGCUCCCACGCCAUCGUUGUCCUCAAGGAGAAGGACGUCCAGAGGGCUCCACCAAGGUUCUUCUAG